AUGGCUCUUCGAUGCCCUCACAGUCUGCUUCUACCGUUUUGUCUUCCUCGAGCAUCGGCCGCCUCGCGCCCGCCCCGCUGUGCCGCAGAGAACGGCGACACCUGUAUCGUGGGCCUGCUCUGCCCGAGCGCGGCGCAGGUGGACGCGCUCCACGCGAGGCUCCAGGCGGCCGCCUCAAGGGGCCUCGGCGCCGUGGACGCGGCGCCCGCCCGCAACGACGCCUUCGGCAUCUACAACGCGAUCGCGCGCGACCCCAGCGGGUACAUCGUCGAGGUGAUGGCGUUCCUGAAGCCCGACUUCCUGAAGCCGCCCCGCGCGAGGCUGUGA